UUCACGUAUUUCCGGCCAGCUCAGCGUACGGAGGAGUGUUGUGAAGCUGUAAUCCCGAUACAGGCAUUUUACAGCUGUUAACCGCUUCACAUACACCUGCUGUGGGUAAAUCUGACUUUACAGCAAAAUGGUGCUCCUGACAAUGAUCGCACGGCUGGCGGACGGAUUGCCGCUGGCGGCUUCAAUGCAGGAGGACGAGCAGAUGGGUCGAGAUCUCCAGCAAUAUCAGAGCCAAGCCAAACAGCUCUUCCGCAAAUUAAACGAACAGAGUCCAAACCGAUGCACCUUAGAGGCUGGAUCGAUGGCCUUUCACUACGUCAUAGAGAAAGGCGUUUGCUAUCUGGUCCUCUGUGAGGCCGGGUUUCCUAAAAAGCUAGCCUUUGCUUAUCUGGAAGAUCUGCAAGCAGAGUUUCACGAACAACAUGGCAAGAAGGUGCCCACGGUCUCCAGGCCCUACUCCUUCAUAGAGUUUGAUACUUAUAUUCAGAAGACCAAAAAGUCAUACAUCGACAGCAGAGCGCGCAGGAACCUGAGCAACAUCAACACAGAGCUUCAGGACGUACAGAGAAUCAUGGUGGCCAACAUAGAAGAAGUUCUGCAAAGGGGAGAGGCCUUAUCUGCGUUGGACUCGAAGGCAAGCAACUUGUCUAGCCUGUCCAAGAAGUACAGAAGCGACGCUAAGUACCUGAACACUCGGUCCACGUAUGCUAAGCUAGCGGCUGGUGGCGUCUUCUUCAUCAUGCUGAUCGUGUACAUACGCUUCUGGUGGCUGUGAGGUGUGGGAUGCACGGAGGGAAGAGGGGCUCUUGAGAAAGUUACAGGUGAAAAGCGGACGGACUCUCACAUGAUGACAAGUUCACGUUGUGUUUUAAAGCUACAGCUUGUGCUUAAAGACUGUUGGAUCCGGCAAUUUCCCUCCUAACAGGCUGUCGAGUCCCUAACCUGAUCCUCACCGGUAUCUGUUUUAUGAACUACACAGAAGUUUGUCUGCACUUGUUUGGAGUGUGAAUGAAAGAGAGAAUGAAAGUGUGUUUCCUGUAUACUAUAUGUCUUUGUGAAAUCCCUCCGUUUAUGGAAAUUAAUCUUAUAUACUGUAUAACAGUAUUCAUUAGAGCAGCAGUGCAUCCCAAAAAAGGUGAAUUGAUAAUUCAUUAACAGAAGUAUGUUAAUUCAGAUUUGUAGUUUUAGCACAUUGUGGGUUGGAUCAGGUACGGAGGUAUGGUUUCCUUCCAACCAGGGGAGUAAAUGUAAUAUGAGCUUAUGGGGCGGCUGCAUUAGUAAAGCUUUGGUCCCUCCAAUUAUCUGCACAAAAUGAAUAAUUGUACUGACCGCUCAGUUAGGCUCUUAUCUAUAAACCAGAUAUUCAAGAAUUCAACUUAUGUCUCUAAAGCCUUAUGAAAUGGAGUGGGUUAUUAAGUCUUAGUCGCAUUUAGACCCAACAGAUAUUUUGGAUCUUUCAGUUAUUUUAUUGGUGCAAAAGUUGCACAAUAAACAGCACUUGCACUGCAGAGAGGAGAUUUGCAGUCAUGUCCAGUUACUCAAUACAGACCAGAUUAUUGAAACCAGUGUCAGAGGAGAAUGGUGGCCUGCCACUAUUUUCGUGAAGCACAGAUUUGGGUCAAAUGCAAUCUGAUGGGGUUAGUCUGUAUCUGAGGUCCUGCCUGUUGCAUGGUUGCAUACAUGAUGAUCUGAACUGGGUUCCCAUAGCUUUUUCUUUCAGUGUUUACAUUAAUCUGUAUUUUACAUGCAUUGAGUUAAACCCACAGUAACCAGAUGCCCAUGUACCAACUGGAUGAGGCUAAAAUGCUCAUCAGAAGUGAGUUUGUUCAUCUCACCAAACCUACAGUAUAAAUAAAAUCACUCAAACUCAAUUUUUAUUUGUUUUUUUUGUUUUUACUGUUCACACUGACUUUUUUUUAAUAUUUGGGCCGGUAGAUGUAAGAUCACUGUCAGUCGUACCCAAAGAAGUACCACUGGCCUGUGACUUUUUGGGUUUUUGUUGCCAAAGCAGGCUGUUAUUUUUAUGUAAUGUGAAGAAAAAUUAUUUAAUUAAUUAUAACUAACAUUCCUUUUCCUUGCAGGCUUAAUGUUUGUAUUUUCCUUGCAGGCCUAACAUUUUAUGCUUUUGAGAACAAAAAGUUGCAGCACUUUAGUUUGUUUGUUGCAAUAAUGGAUGUGUAUGUACAUGGCUGGACUUGUCUGAAUGUAUAAAUAUCCAUAACAACCCAUGACUGAGCAACAAGCUGAAGUAAUCAAAAGCAAAUUUGUUUUGCCAGUAACAGAUGGGAGGUUUGCUGAAUUGCACAUAAGAAGAACCAAUUAUGUUAGAGCAGGGGUCUCUGACCUUAUUUAAUCCGAGAGCUACUUUUUAAAAAUGAAAGUGGCUGAGAGCUACUCGUGUUGUACAAUACUUAAAUCUCUUAAAUAAUGUAUAAUAUCUCUCAACAACCCAAACUGAUAUACACCUGAAAGAGUUUUUGUAUACAGAACACCUUUAGGGUUUUACUCAUCCCGAUGCAAACAGUUUUUGAGCUGAUACUGUUUUGUAGUCUUAUAA